CAGCCGCGGCUCCCGCGGGGGCGGGACCGGGACCGGGACCCACCCGGCGCGGCCCGGGCAGCGCUGCGCGGCCGGCGGUGGCGGGGCGCGGCCGCUCGGCCCGGAGGUACCGGUGAGCGAGACGCUGCGGUGCAAGUGCCCUGUUGCUGCCUGUGAAAGUGGUACAACAUGGCUUACAGUGUGACUCUGAAUGGACCUGGACCGUGGGGCUUCCGACUGCAAGGGGGCAAGGACUUCAACAUGCCCUUGACCAUCUCCAGAAUCACCCCUGGCAGCAAGGCAGCACAGUCACAGAUGAACCAGGGGGACCUUGUUGUGGCCAUUGAUGGAGUCAACACUGACAGCAUGACCCACCUGGAGGCCCAGAACAAGAUCAAAUCAGCCAGCCACAACCUGAGCCUCACUCUGCAGAAAUCUAAACGCCCAGUGCCAGUUUCAACCACAGCUCCCAGAAUUGACUCUCCCAGGGCUGUAAUUCCCCAUCAGAAGGAACCUGCUUGGGAAAUCAAUGGCAACAGAGCAACCUUCAGCCCUCUAACUAACACGGCGACUGGGCCUGUGGGUAGUGUUUUAGCAACCAAUGGAACCUUUUCAGGCUACCUCAACCAGCAAGAGAUCAGCCUUUCAAAUAGCUCUUCCUACCUAAAGACUACCACAGUUAGAUCUUCUCAGUCCUCUCAGUCUGUGACUCCUGACAUUUCACCUGCCAAGAGCUCAUUAGGUUCCAAAGCAAGCCCUGCUUUGGCUGGUGGCAGUAGCCCUGCUCACCAGCUGAGCCCUGCAAGGCAGUAUAACAACCCCAUUGGCCUUUACUCGGCAGAGACCCUGAGGGAAAUGGCUGAGAUGCAUAAAUUGAGUCUCAACCGAAGGGCUUCGGAAGGUGGACUUCCUAGAGGUACCCUCCCUAUAAAGGACCCUCAUGUAGACAGUGCCUCUCCGGUGUAUCAGGCUGUGCUUAAAACUCAGAACAAGCCUGAGGAUGACAGUGAGGACUGGAGCCGUCGCUCUGCCAACCUGCAGUCCAAGUCCUUUCGCAUCCUUGCUCAGAUGACUGGAACCGAGUACAUGCAAGAUCCGGAUGAAGAAGCCCUGAGGAGGUCAAGAGACAAGGAAAACCUUGCAGCAGCAUCAGAAAACAGGCCUACAGGUACCGCGCAUGCGCCCCAGUAUGUGACCUCGAGUACUUGGCAUCCUCCUAAGUCAUCCACCAGGGAUGCCAACACUGCCAAUGCUCAGCCAGCGGCCUCCAAGGGGUCUGUGAGGCUUGGAGCAGGUACAAGCCAGGGGGAGGCCGGUGUUGGCCAGAAAGCCCCUCUUGCUUCAUCCAGUAACCAAAGAGUUCUUGCAGCCCCCAGCUCUCUUUCCCAGCCUAAGUCUUUCCAUGGGCCCAAGAACAUGUCAUUAGCAGCUUCCACUAUUUCAUCUGCUAUCUCAUCUCAGUCUAGUUUCAACCGGCAUUCUUCCACCUCCAUCAGCUACCAGUCAAAGCAGAGAAACACAACCCAGUCAUAUACACCAAUGCCAGUUUCUGGAGGCUACGGUGAAAGUCCUGCUCCUUCUGCUGCUUCAAAAAUGAGAGUUGUUACUACUGCCAGCAUAAAGCCCUCUGUCUACCAGCCAGCUCCAGCACCAGUUCAUUCCUACACCCCUGCCAACACGGAGCCUGCGAGUCGCCCUCCCUGGGUAACAGAUGACUCCUUUUCCCAGAAAUUUGCACCUGGAAAAUCCACCACCACCGUCACAAAGCACAUCCUACCAAGGGGUGCUCCAGUGCUAUCCCCUGCCACCAUUUCUGCUUACCCGUCUCCAGUUUCAACUCCUUCCCAGCCCCCUGCAUUAGCCCGGGGAACAGUUCAGAGGGCGGAGCGUUUUCCAGCCAGCAGCCGAACUCCUCUCUGCGGGCACUGUAACAGCAUCAUUCGAGGUCCUUUCCUGGUAGCCAUGGGUCGCUCUUGGCACCCAGAAGAAUUCAACUGUGCUUACUGCAAGACAUCCCUGGCUGAUAUGUGCUUUGUGGAGGAGCAGAACAGUGUGUACUGUGAGCGCUGCUAUGAACAGUUCUUUGCACCGACCUGUGCCAGAUGCCACACUAAGAUUAUGGGGGAAGUGAUGCAUGCCCUAAGACAGACUUGGCACACAAGUUGCUUUGUCUGUGCUGCUUGUAAGAAGCCAUUUGGGAAUAGCCUGUUCCACAUGGAGGACGGGGAGCCUUACUGUGAGAAAGAUUACAUUGCUUUGUUCAGCACAAAAUGUCAUGGCUGUGAUUAUCCUGUUGAAGCUGGAGAUAAAUUCAUUGAAGCCCUUGGACACACUUGGCAUGACACCUGCUUCAUUUGUGCUGUAUGCCAUGUGAAUUUGGAAGGUCAGCCAUUCUACUCCAAGAAGGACAAGCCCCUGUGCAAGAAGCAUGCCCAUGCCAUCAAUGUUUAAAAGGAGAGUUGGUAGUCAGUAAUGCUGGGGUAAAACAGAUGACUAACUGGGCAAUCAUAAAGCUGAUAACCAUGGCUAGCACUUCUCUCGGUAAAAGCUAGAUGUUGGUACUUCUCAAGUUUAACUUUAUCCUCUUUCAUAAAUGCAGAACGUUCUUUUUGUGAAGUUCAUACAAAAACCUAUUGAAUGAGCAGUCCAAACCAAAUGAACUCAUGAACUAGUCCAUUAUUAUAGCAACGGUUGGGAGAAAAUUUGAAAUUAACUAAAAACCUUAUUAUAAAAAGUAAUGUGCAAAUACAGUUUCAAGUUAACUACCCAUAGCAGUUUUACUGCUUAGACCACACACUGGUGUUUAAAAACAACUGGAAAAAUACUUCUGUAUUAAGUCAUUUUCUUUCACAGCAAGAAUGAGUAAGUGCCAUAUGUACAGUCAUCUGUAGAACCAAAGGCCGUAGCUUUCAAAGGGAAAUAAAUAGAUUAGGGCUUCCUCUAGGAAAAGUGAGUGCUGUUCCAUUAUGUUGUGGUGCUACCUCAUAGCAUCAGAUAUUUUAGAUUCUUUCCAAAUAACAAGUCUGCCUUGAAUCCAUAUGUAGCUAGGAAGCCUAGGUGACAAACCAUAACAGUUUCAAAAUAAAAUGGCUGGGUCAGCCUUGCUAGUGCACUUGGCUUCUAUGUGCACAGUAGAUAAUUCACUUUCAAAUUGUAAUGGAAAAGGACAACUGGCUUUCUCCAAAUUGCUCUUACAUUGAAUGGAAUAGAGCUCACUAGAAAGGCCAGCUUUUAAUUCAAAACCAGUUUUCCUUUCCUCCUGCGGAAAAAAAAAGAGAUUCAAUCUUGCUUUGGUUUCUAAUUCCCACUGAUAUCAGAGGGAGGUAGGAACCUACAUCUGGACCUUCACACGAGUGAACACAGAAGAAAAACAUCCAUCUAGCACAGCUAAGUUGUGGGAGACAGCUUGCAAAAAUUCCUCCUCUAUCCCACAUAAUUGGGAAAAAGGCUUUUUUUUUUCCUAUAGUGAAUGAAUGUGUAUCAAAAAUCCAUAAGGCAGCAGGCACAUACUCUUUAUUCCUUUCCUUACUUUAAAUGCAGCACAUCAUGAAUUGUAGCAGUAUUUCUAUUGGAAAACAGUAGCUAUGUUCCAGCAAUUAGGAUAACCAUACAGUCAUCUGUUCUAAAAACCAUAUAGACAUCUAUCCUAAUAGCUUGAGAACAACUUUCAAGCUGUUCAGACAGUUAUUCAUAAAAUUCUUUUUUUCAAAUAAGCAAUACCUAUAGUACUGAUAAUACUUUUGAAUGUUUGAAUAUCAGUGACUUUUAUAUGGGAGACAGCAGUUCUGUCUGAUGGAGUUAAGAUGGAAAGUCUGAUCACCAUUCAAGCUUUAUUAACUCAUUUAAGUGAGAAUUAUGAUGUGUGUGUUGACAGCUUGCAGUACUGACAGUUUGAAUUAGUACUUCUGAGGCUGAGGAUGCUUUCUGUGGGCCACAUGCUGGUGCCAUCUGCACCUAUUUUACCUUGUAUUCUGAGUAGCAAAAAAUUACAUAAUAUUGUCUGUCUUGUCCCUCCCAUGGGUAAUGCCUAUUUCAUUUGUGUGUCUUUUAAGGGAUGAAAAACUAUCUAAAGCUUGGGGAGGAAUAAAUGAAAUUUGGAGUUCUAGAAUAAGAGUUAAGUUUGCUGCAGGCAGUCUGCAUCUUGGACAAAACCAACAACCUGAACUGCCUGUGGCAGUUUUGACAUGUAUGACCUGUAUUUAUUCAGUAGGUAUCUUAGUUUUCACUGAUCUUAGCAGUGAUCUGAUCUGAGUUGCUACAGGGUCAGAUUUUUGUAUGCAUGAAUUAUUCUAAAACACUAGUACAUUAUAUGCAAAGCCUUUUGUUUUUGUUUGUUUGUUUGUUUUGGACUUUUUUUCUGUAAGCUAGCAAAUUUUCUGUUUUCAGUCGGUGCUGGGCUGGUGUGAAUAUGGUCCCAUAGAUUACAAAAUCCAAAGAUCUGGCUCAUAAUAUUCUCCAGAAGAAUAAAUCAUAAUUAUGGAAGUUAAAUAUUUUUUCCACUCCUAUUUGACUUCAUUAAAUACAUAUUCACAACAGUGAGAAAAUUCUACAUUUCCUUUUCAUUUCUCAGUGCCAUUCAACAAAAUGUUUAUUAUUAUCUGUUAUUUGAGAGAAUUCACAUCAGCAUACUCUAUAGUGAGACUGCAUGGAAGAUACUCUUUAGGCAGAUUUGUGUCAGUGUUGGCCACUGAGUGGGACUAAUCUCUGUCUGCGACAUCAGAAUAGGGACUCAGGCUCCGCUCCGUGGGAAGGGCUUGAGAUGGAUGCCUCAGGAGAACUUCACGAGGUCUUUCCCCUCUGAUCUGCACGCGUUUAUGUGCGUGUGCCUCAUUCUCCCCUCCACCUUCCCCCUCAAUGUCCCUAUAAGCUUCCUCUUCUCCGGCACCACGGAGGAUGAAUCAUUUUCGGACCUGGCCAGAGGCGCCGGGCUGCAGCUCAGGGGGUGCAGCCAGCGCAGGGCUGCGCUUCCUCACGGGCCUGCGUGGGCAGCGGGAAACCGGGCAGGGGACGGGACCUGGCAUCGCAGAGCGGGCACCCCAGGCUGCCAGAAUGCCGGGGCUCUGCAGGCCCCUGCUUGAGUGGGGAAAGAUGGGGCGCUGAGGAGAUGGGGAGCCCUUCCUGAGGCUGGGGUUGGAGCAGGGAAUAGCCAGGUAAGGGCAGCUCCACCACGCUGGCAUGUCGGAGAGGAGGGUGAGGCAGGAGAGGCUGGGUGGGGGCAGCCAGGAUCACUACAGUCAGGGAGCGGGCUUCAAGUAAGAAAUGAGGGUACAAGUAGCUCCAGAGAGAGAUGGUUUGGAUACGUACAGAAGGGUGAGCAAGGAUCAAUCUGGUACAUCUGAAGUCUGGACUGCAGGAAAGGGAACGCAGUGUGUGUGAGCAGAGCUGAGCUUGCUUGCAGGUUGGCAGCAGCGAAAGUGCAGCAGCACAGACUUCAUUGGGAGCUGUACUGGCUUGAGAGAGUCCUGAAAAAUUCCUUGGGCAGAGAACCUGCACUGUAGCACAUGCCCUGACUCCAGCUGGUGUCUGAGCAAGUGAGAUUAAAGCUAGUUUACAUAUCACUCCAUGAGGUACAGCGAUAUCUCUGAAUGAAGAACAGAGAUACCCUGAGGAUUAUCAUGUAAUAAAAAUUUCCUGUUAUGACUUGUGCUGCUUCAUAAUGUGGUCCAAAAAUAGGGAAUCCACGUACCCGCCCUUGAUAUCUAUAUUAAGAUAUAAUUUUUGCACAUAUCUGAACCAGAAAUUUGUGAAUAAUAAUGUAGCAUUUUAACUUUCACAGGGGUAGAAUACCACAUAACUGCUGAUGCUCUUCUGCUACAUCACCUUUGUGAUAUGGAGAGGGUAAAAUGCAUAUACAUAUAUAUAUAUGUAUAUAAAAUAAUGUAUAUCUCUAAAAUUCAAAAUACGGCCUUUUAACUAUCACGGAAAAUAAUGUUAUACAAAAAUAUGCAAGAUGAAUAAUGUGUACUUGAUUAUGUUUUAUGUCUUGUAAGAGAUGCCUGAGAUAAGUCCUAAGUUCUUCUGAAUAUUUCUUUUUAUUCUAAUUAAUGUGAGGUUUUACCCAAUAAAGCUAAGAUACUGUACCUCUGAAUGAUCAAUUAAAAAUAUCAGUCUUUUGUCUAACUAAAAAGUGUUCAAUAACUUUUCAGUCAAAGGAUUCAAAAGCUUUUUUUAAUGCUUUUCUCUCUUUUGAUGUUCUUUUUGCAGAACAGGGCAAAUUAAAUGUUUCCAAAUGCAGCUACUUUUGUUAUCUGGACAAAAAAAAAAAACAGUCUUAGGACUUUUUUCAUUAGUUUUCACUAUAUUGGAUUCACACAUUAUACAGUUCUCAAUUCUAAAAUCAAUUCAAAACAAGGAAAAAUAUUUUUCCAUUGGUCCUUCAGGGGUCAGUACUUUGGGUGAAAUGUUUUGCUGAAGAUUACUUGUAUUUAUGUUUAAUAAUGUGAAUGUCCACAGCACUGAACACAUUCAUUAGUGUCUAAUGCUGGGUACGCUAAUGUUUUUUUGCAAUACUCAUCUCCUGGUAGUGGAUAUUAAUUUGUUUCGUAUUUAUAAACAUCAGAAUUUGAAACUGAGUGAUUUAUUGUCUGCAGUGAUCAUAUAUUAGAAGUCUAGGUUUUAUAAUAUUUUGACAUGUUGACUUGAUGCCACAAGUGCCCUUGCUUUUAGAUAGAUAUUUUUUCCUGAGUUCCUAAUUGUUUCAGAACAGAAUGUCUGGUGGUUUAUGAGAUGCGAGUAAUUACUUUGCAUGGAUUAUCUGUGCCAACAUGAAUAAAACAAUCUAGUAAUAAAAGCAGUGUGCAAAAACAGUUAAAGCUUUAUGAUUUGGGUAUAUUUAUUAAUAUGCCGUGUGAACAGCUGACAGCUUUCAGCCAUGUAAUGUCAGUAAGAAAGCAUACACAAGCUUGUACUCUCUACUUCAGGCCUGAAAAUAAAAAUUAAAACCAUUGGUUUCAACUUUAUUGUAUAUCAGUCUUGAAUAUUUUAUUGACCAAAUAAUGCUGUUUGAAACAAAUAUUAGUAUGCUUAAAAGAUGCAGUCUGCUAACAGUACAUGUUGUAACUCAGCAAGACCUGGAUAGUCCCAGACCUUAUUGUGCCAACAAAUACUGUUUACAGUAACUUUGUAAGGAGUGGGCAAAUGCUGUCUUCAGUUACAUCUGCAAACAAAGUUUGACUGCAUAAAUUCAGGAAGGAGUUCUACUGUUUCUUAGCAAAAGUUACUUAAGAUACACAAAGUGUUUUGAACAACCUCAUUGAGCUCUAGUGCCAAGAAAUAUGUACAAAUGAAAGGAUGACUUCAUAUAACAAUGUGUCUUACAAAAACAGCCAUUUUGUGCAUUCCUGUUGCACACCCCUCAGAAAUGCAGGCAUUUUAGAGAUAGAACUAAGUAUAUUAAACUUAAUUAAGAAGUUAGAUGAUAAAUGAACAGACUUGGAUUUAGAUGCCAUUACCAAGUACAGCAUCAGGAAUCACAACUUCGUGCAUUUUUGAUUUUAUUUCCCAGCCCCAAUUUCUGUUUACAAUGUGCAUAAGAAAUGCAAUUGAAAAGAAUGCCCAGAAUGUAUGCAGUAUUUUGUCAGAUCAAAAUUGCUGGUUUUCAGAUUGUCUGUUCUGAUCUUUAACCUUUGCACAAGACAGUGCUUCCUAAGCUGUGCACUGUGAUCCCUGGGGAGUUCAGUUGUUGGAACUGGAAGCAAUAGAGGCAUAAGCAGAGCACCAUGCCAGCUGACAGGGUGGAAAAGGGGAAUAGAGCAAAGUUCAUUAGGGAAGGACAUAGUGCAAAAUGUGUGACAAAUGUUGCAUGAAGGGAUUCCUAACAGUGAUUAUUAAAGAGAGAUUAUCGCUCUGAAGAAAUGGAGAUUUCAAAAGUAUAGGCUUUGGCAUUGUUUCCCCCUCCCACCCCAAUCAUGCAUCUUGAAUUCAAACAGUUUCUGUUGAUUAAGAAAGGAAGGAAUGUGUGAAUAAGAUUGCUGAGACCAUUAUUGAAUACACAAUGAAACGCUUUGUUCUCCCAGGCAAAUCAGAGUUAUGGAUGAGAUUCAGACUAUAUUCAGGCAUAAAUUCUGUGCUGUGAGCCUAUGAAAUAUGCCCUUGGAUAGCUGUUAAAAUACAUUUGUUCCUCCUCUUAGGAAGAUUACAUCAAAAGAAAACAGUAACAAAUGUGUGUUGUACUAAUAAGGCCUGUCAGGCUGAGUCACGAGAAUUUUCUCUGUAAUAAAGACAAGAAGGAAUUUUUUUAAACAAAGCUAAACUUUUGAACAAAACAUUUUUCCUUUAAAAGUUUCCAGAUUAUAACUGUUAGGGAAUAAUAAAUUAGUAUGCAUAAAGUAUCGUUAAUAAAUCUGCCUCUACUACAAAAGUAUUUUCUAACCUUACUACUUUAGAAAUCAGAUUAUUUUCACUAAUGACAAAGAUGUUAUGGAAAUUCUUCUGCUUCUGCUUAGUUUUACUGUGCAUAGUGUCUCUGAAAAAGAGUUGAAACUUAUUUUUCUUUCAAUUAGAAGAUAUAGGUAAAAAUACAACCUUGAACUGAAUGAAGCUGAUGAUUCUUCCAGUGCUUGUGGAAUGAAUGCUGCUUGCUGCACUAAAGCCAGAAAACUUGCUGUUCUAGAUUGUUUUAUUCUCAUGGUGCAUUAAAGAGGGUGUUUUGGAUUUUUAGUAGGUUUAAUAAAUAUCUAUAGCUUUAAUUAAAGAUUUCAUUUCAAAACAAAA